CUGCGCGCUGACGUCGCGCGUCGCCGGGAGGCGGGGGCGGCGGCGCCGGGAGCCGGGGAUGGAGCAGCCGCGCCGGCAGCAGGGGGGCCGCGACGCCCCCCGCAGGUCUUAUUCCUAUACAAGGAAGCAUUUUUGCCAAGGCUUGCUCUGCACUGACCUGCACUAUUGAUGAUAGUUGUCUACAAAUGCAGAAGACCAUUUUUGCACCCCAACCCUCAGACUGUUUCCCAUCUCCUAAGGAACUGAUCCUUCUUUGUCUUUUGAAUGAAGCCUUUUUGAAGAUUUUGGAUUAUAACUGCGAGUGAAUCUAUGCAAGGAAAGAAGAGCUAGUGUGGAUAUUAGUUUGAGCUUCUGUUCAGUGGAGGGAGCACUGCCAGACAGCCAUGCUUAAGGACAAGUGAUGGAGGAGGUCCUCGGUGUCUCCACAUGAUGUGCAACAAGCCCAGGCCGAUCUGGAACCUGAAAUGGAUCUGGAAAACCAAACCACCUGUGCUGAAAUUGAUGGUGUCUCCACCCACCCCACAGCUCUGAACCGAGUGCUCCAGCAGAUUAGAGUACCGCCUAAGAUGAAGAGAGGGACAAGCCUGCACAGCAGGCGGGGCAAGUCAGAAGCCCCAAAGGGAAGCCCACAGAUCAGCAGGAAGUCUGCCCAAGAUAGUAAUUCAGGCCGGCCCAGGUCAUCAUCCACUACUGAUGCUCCUACCAACUUGUCUGGGAUGGAGGUGGCUUCUUCCAGUUAUGUAGCUGGUGACGAGACCACAGCAGCAGAGCGGAUUGAGCGGCUAGAAGUGAGCAGCCUAGCACAGACCUCCAGCGCAGUGGCCUCAAGCACUGAUGGCAGCAUCAAUGCUGACUCUGUGGACGGGACCCUAGAUCCUCAGCGGACAAAGGUGGCUAUCACUCACCUACAGCAGAAAAUACUGAAGCUGACAGAGCAGAUCAAAAUUGAGCAGACUGCCCGGGAUGAUAACGUGGCGGAGUACCUGAAGCUAGCUAACAACGCGGACAAGCAGCAGAGUGCCCGCAUCAAGCAGGUGUUUGAGAAGAAGAACCAGAAAUCAGCUCAGACCAUCCUGCAGCUGCAGAAGAAACUAGAACACUACCACCGGAAGCUCCGGGAAAUCGAGCAGAAUGGCAUCCCGCGGCAGCCAAAGGAUGUCUUCAGGGAUAUGCAUCAGGGCUUGAAGGAUGUGGGAGCUAAGGUUACUGGUUUUAGUGAAGGGGUAGUGGACAGUGUUAAAGGUGGGCUUUCUAGUUUCUCCCAAGCAACACAUUCGGCAGCAGGAGCCGUGGUAUCCAAACCUCGGGAGAUUGCCUCCCUGAUAAGGAACAAGUUUGGGAGCGCGGACAAUAUUGCUAAUCUGAAGGACUCCCUGGAAGAAGGGCAGGAGGAUGGGAAGACUCUGGGUAUUCAGAACUUUCAGUCAAGCCCAAAAUACGGCAGUGAAGAGGACUGCUCCAGUGCCACAUCAGGCUCUGUGGGAGCCAACAGCACCACAGGAGGCCCAGUGGGAGCUUCCAGCUCCAAAACAAAUACUCUGGAUAUGCAGAGCUCAGGGUUUGAUGCAAUACUACAUGAGAUUCAAGACAUCCGAGACACACAGGCAAGACUGGAAGAAUCCUUUGAGAGCCUUAAGGUUCACUAUCAGCGGGAUUAUUCCUUAAUAAUGCAGACUCUGCAGGAAGAACGGUACAGAUGUGAACGACUUGAAGAGCAGCUGAAUGAUCUGACAGAGCUCCACCAGAACGAGAUCCUCAAUCUAAAGCAGGAGCUGGCCAGCAUGGAGGAGAAAAUUGCCUAUCAGUCUUAUGAGCGAGCCCGAGACAUCCAGGAGGCCCUCGAAGCCUGUCAGACCAGGAUUUCCAAGAUGGAGCUUCAGCAGCAACAGCAGCAAGUGGUGCAGUUAGAGGGGCUGGAGAACGCCACUGCCAGGAACCUGCUGGGUAAAUUCAUCAACAUCCUCCUGGCUGUCAUGGCUGUUCUCCUAGUCUUCGUCUCCACCGUGGCCAACUGCGUUGUCCCCCUCAUGAAAACUCGCAAUAGGACGUUCAGCACUUUAUUUAUAGUGGUUUUCAUUGCUCUUCUGUGGAAGCACUGGGAUGGCAUCACUAGCUACUUGGAACGGUUCUUGCUGCCUCCCAGAUGAUGGCACGAGGCAUUGGCUGCAUUGCCCCACACAUCCCAGCACUUGCUGGUGGAUGAGCGUCGCAAAGAUUAGUCAGCACCGACGCUGCUGAAGUUUUAAAGUGUCCGAGUGAAUUUGUUUACAUUUAGAAUAACGUUUUUCUCUGCGAGACGCAUUGCAAUAGUAUUUUUUAGAUUUUAUUCAAGAACUCUUUUUGGCGAGAAUCCUGGAUAAUUUUUAUGUAGCAUGGUUCUCUUUGGAUGCAAAUCUUCAGAUUCUUUAAGUGUACAAAAGAAUACAGUGAAAAUACACAAAUGUGGAGCACACCAAUGGGCAAUUUAAAUUAUGGUUUGAACUACUGUACUAAACUUGGUUAGGAAGAGGAGAACACGGUUAGCUUAAAUAGCCAAGAUUAAUCUAGCGCACAGCCUUGUGUGAUGGUACCACAGCGAACCUGCAACGCUAAUCUUUACUGUGAAGCCUGCUCACAUUCCAUGUCCGAAUGUAUGGGUUCAGGGUGUUUUUUUCCUUAAGGAGGGGGAAGAAAAACCAAACACAUGGAUCCCUCCCCCUAGCUCAGCUCCUGGGUCGGCCAUUUGUGCUAAUAUGACGUACAAUAAUUUUCUGUGAGGCCGGUUACCUUUUGCUAAGUAUACAAAGUGGAAGCGUUAUGCCGUACGCAGUAACUGCACAGUUGUACUACAGUAUUUUGAAGUAGCCCUUUAAAUACUUAUCUUUAAGCAGGAGCCCUUGGUCGCACUUUUAAGGUUUUUUUUAUAUAUGUAUAUUCACAGAUUUAAAAAAAUUCGAACAGCAUACUUGAAGAGUGUAAUACUCAAACUCUCAGUGCUUCCUUAUUGUUUCUAAUAGGAUUUUUUAUUAUAAUUAUUAUUAUUAUAAUUAUUAUUAUUAUUAUUGGGGGUUUUUUUGGAAGGGGUUGGGGGGGUCGUUUUUUCCUUUUAAAUAAAGAAGUGAUGUUUUUAAAUGAAGAAAUGCGUGAAUAAUUGUGAGCCGUCUUGUCCUGAAACAGUUUUGAAGAGGGCAGGAAGGAGUUUCUAGUGAGAGCCUGUCUGCUGGAAUGCAGUGCUGUUGACAUGCCAUUUCUCUGUCCUCCCAUGCUUGCGGAUGCAGCAUCAUGAUCAACAUCCGCCUUUCCCACACAUUUUUUUGUUACACGCUUCUCUCUCCUUUCUCCUCUCUGGUGGGUGUGGAAGAGAAAAGGUGUCAGGUUUCUCUUUCCCAAAUCUGUCACUCUUGGCCUCACAGUAGUUAAAGUACAAGCAAACAAUUUCUUUUCAUCCCAUUUGGGAGAAGACAGGGUUUUUUUAAUGGAAAGAAAUAAGAGAAAAAAAAAAAAGUUCAUUCAGAAGAGUGAUUCUGUCAUAAAUAUCCCUGAAGAUGUAUUUUUAAAUAAAUCCCUGAUAACUGAAACCAAAGUUGUUCCACCCCCCACCCUUUCCAUCCACCAUCUCUCUAAGAUCAUCUGUCUUUGUUUAGAGGACACCUUUUUAUGCUGUGUGUAUCCAUUGAGCAUGCCACAGAGAGACUCCCCUUUUUCUCUAGUUGGGAAGGCAAGUACUUAAGGCAGAUGCUGUGUCAGAGCACUAGAAGAAAUGUCAGUGACAGAUGCAACUCCUGUCUCCGCACUGUUUUGCAGUUGCUCGUUGUUACAGGCAGGGCUUCAUAUCUAAGAACUCUGGCUUCACUCUGCUUUUCCUUCUGGCUGAGCAUCUGCUUCUACUAUAAUAAGUCCUGUUCUUAGUUCCAUCCCAGGGAAAUCAAAAACUGGAUAAUCCAGUAGAUUCUUUCACACCAUUUGCAGUAUUUGGUCAGGCUCCUUGUUUUCCUUUUUACUUGGCCUAAGUUCCACAUAGGAACUAAACAACACUCAAGUGACCUAGAGUGAUACGUAAUAGGAAGUGUAGGGAUUUGUGCUAUUGUGUAAACACCAGGCCCGGGGAAAUUCCCCAGAACUAGGCUAGCACCUCCUUCUCAGCCAGGAAGAAGGUCUUACUCUUCUAGUUGCUGAAGAAAGACCUCCAGUUUCCAAGCUGUCAUCUUCCUCCUUCAGAGAUUCAACAUAUCAUUUCCCUAGCUGCAGCUGUCUUUAAACUCAGGUAUCCCACGAUUAUUCCAGCCGCCUCACUAUGCCAUUGUGGACUAAUCCGUUCCUGUCCUUGUUAAAAAAUAAAUUGCCAAUUGCAGCUGACUUGAGCCAAAAAUAAGCAUCAUUAUUUCCACAGAGCUGAAAAUGGAGCAUGGAUUAUAUAACAUUGCCCUCUUAGAUCGCAAUCACCAGCUAAGGUGAAACCCAUUGGCGUCACGAUCCUUAUCUGGUUGGUAAAAAAGAGAUCUAAUCUGUUUUCAUUCAUUCACGUGAUUGAUUCUCCUUUCCUGUUGGGUUUCCUCAGUAACUGAAGUAGGAAAAUCACAGUAAUAAACUGCUGGUAUGUUGCCUAAGAGCUCUCUUACCUCUGUUUCUGCAAAGCAGUCUUAGCAUCUCUAUAGUUUUGGUUGCACAGGGCGUAUCUAUGCAAGGUGCUACUGUAGAGUCGUUACCAUGCAUUUAUUUAGUACUUGUAUUAGCAAGUACUAAAUAAAUGCACAAUAACCAGAGUUACUGCAGAGUAGCACCUGUGAACAUCUUUUAAGUGAUGCACAGUAGUGCAGCAGCCUAAUAAUACUGUGCAGUAGUGUAUUAGCGCUGUCUGUACUGUGAUGCACUACUGUACAGUAUUUUUUUGGCUACUUGUGUAGAUGCGCCCACUGUAACAGUUUGCAGUAGGUUUAGUACAUGAUCAAAGCUGUUGGCAUGAGUUGAAAGCCAACAGAUUUUUACACUCAACUCCAUAUUUUAAUAAUAUUUGAAGGAAAUAUUUGUCCCCUUUUUAUCUCCUGUGUAUCCUAAUUUGAUUUCUGCACUUUGACUGUGUUAAUCUUCUUUAGAAAACAAUACCUGCAUUUCCCAGAAGGAAUGGGCUUCAUAGAAACUCUUCACCUUAAAACUGUUUUGUGAAGGCCAGUUAUUUGGCCCUGGACAAUGUCUGUCUGUCUGUGUGUCUCUCUCUCUCGACAGUUUUCCAUUCCAAAAAGUUGUCUGCAGUUAAUGCCAUUUAUGAUGCUGCAUCCACUUUUAAUAUCCUAACGCAACUACCAUAUGUGAGUUGCCUUUUUCUUUAGCCGAAUGGUUAUUUCCACGCGCACCCCCUUCAAUCUGAAGGUCUGUGAUGAACCUCUAAUACUUUUAACAAUGAUUUACACUGUUGGAAAUGUGAUGCGAGCUUCAGAGCUCCCUUUUCUUGUAAGUGGUUGUGCUCGUUCUCUUUAAGAUGAAGCAUUCCUGGAUGACUUGUAGAAGACAAGUAUCUGCCAUGAGUGUGCAUGUGCGUGAGCCUUUUCUGAUGUCUGGUAGAUUGUGUGACUGCCUCUGAGUUGCAGAAUGUUUCCCGGAACAUUUCCAAUUUGGAAUUGGAGCAAUUCUGGAAUGCUUGCAUAUUGUUAAGCACAUAUCAGUGAGGCAUAUAAAGAAGGGAAGCAUGUCAUGUACCAGUUUUUGGUCAAAGAGGAGAAGACCUUUCAGUGAAUUCCAUGGUUCACAUGAAGUUCAUCUCUUUUCCCAGUCUCCUCUCAAUUAAGAAGUUGGGGAGGGAGACUUAAAGCAGAAAAGUUAUCAUUUUUAGACAAGUUCAUCAAAUUCACCUUCCCCUCAGUCUCAUUAGUUUAAUGAUGCUGAGCAUGCUCACGGCAAUUACUUUAUUGGUUUUUUUUCCCAAUCUAGUGAGUAUACUUGGUCUGAUCAAAUUAAAUAUUGAGUUCUGUACAUGUUGCACAAGGCCAGAAGAGACGCUGUCUUUCAGCUUUGGGAAAAUGUUCAUUUUCUUUUAAACAAAAAAGCAGCAGUAUAACAAAAAAAGAAGCCAAGCUACAAAGGGGUCUUUUUGAGAUUGGACGGCUUUGCCAGUUUUAAGUGAAUUCUGAAUGUGGCUACAAGUUGAAAACCCUGUGUGUCUGUGUUUGUGUAUGCCAGGUGGAAUCGUUGUAGGCAAUUGACUUAGCUGUAAGUGUGGUUUUUAAAAGUGUAAGAAAAAAAAUAAACAGCAAAACUCACUUGCACGGGUUGAAAAGUACAGAAAUGACACUUGUGAACGUAACACUGUAGUUUAUAGAUCUUAAGCUGCUAAUUGUUGAGAGAGAUUUACAUUUGUCUUGUCCGAUCGUCACAGAUACAUCUGCGACACUUUUACUGUAUAUAAAAAAAAUUUAAAUAAAGACCUCAACUAUUAA